AUGUUGACUUCCCUGCUUUCUCUUGCCCUCGCCGCCGGCCUGGUCGAUGCCCGCGCCGUGAAGUCCUCCGGCACAGGCAACGCACCGCCUCUCGCCACUUCUUUCCCUACACCCUCCGAGGACCCCUUCUACACCAUCCCCGCCAACAUCUCCAAGUACGCCAACGGCGCCGUCGUGCGGGCCCGCACCGUGGAAACGACCGAAUUCCAAGCAGCCAUCAACGCCCGCCAAGUGCUGUACCGCACCACCAACCGCGCAGGCAAAGCCACCGGCACCGUGACGACAGUCUACAUCCCGCCCGUCCCCGCGUCGCCCCCGCAAAUCCUCUCCCUGCAGUCCUUCGAGGACGCGCUGAACAUCCGCUGCGCCCCCAGCUGGGCCAACGUCAACUCCUCCUCCACCCAGGAAGAGUACCUCGCCAGCUACCUCGAUCCCAUCGGCGGCUUCGCGCUCGCGAACGGGUACUACUUCAUCAACUCCGACGACGAGGACGAGGACUCCGAAUGGCUCGUCGGCAUCACCGAGGGCCGCGCCACGCUCGACGGCGUCCGCGCCGCCAUCAACGACCUCAACCUGUGGAGUCCCAAAGUCGCGCUGAUCGGGUACAGCGGUGGCGCCCAUGAGUCCGUCUGGGCUGCUUCGCUCGCUGCCGCGUACGCGCCUGAGCUCGACAUUGUCGGCGCCGCGUUCGGCGGUACGCCCAUCGACCCUAAGCUCGGGUACGAGCUGCUGAACGGCAGUCCCGACGCGGCGCUCGCGGGCGGCGCCCUCGUGGGCUACGCAAACGGCUACCCCAAGCUGAACCGGACGCUCAACAAGAUCCUCACGGCGAAAGGCAAGCAAGUCUUCGCCGAGUUCCGCGGGGCGGACGCGUGCAUCGUCGAAUCCGCCGCCGCGUUCGCCGGCGUCAACUUCUCUUCCCCGGAGUACUUCAAGUCCAACCCGCUCGACAACAAGGAGGUGCAGCACGUGCAGAAGAUCGAGUCGCUGCUGGAAAACGUGUCCCCGCUGCCCAUCCCCGUGCCGAAAUUCCCGCGCUUCGAGUGGCACGGCCUGAACGAUACCACGGUCCCCUACGCCCCCGAGGCGGAGUACAUUCAGCAGCAGUGCGCCAAGGGCGCCGAUAUUGUUUUCGUGUCGUACCCUGGUCUUGACCAUACUGAGGCCGCGGUUAUCGGGCUGCCGGGUGCGCUGUUGUUUGUUCAGGAGGCUUUCAAGGGCACGCUUACCAAGACCAAGUGCGCAAAAUCCACAUCAAUCCACCAUCCACCUCCUUUCACUGUGCAGCGACGGCACCAGCACCAGCACCAGCAACAGUAUAAAGCGUAA